AUGAAGAGCCCGCCCAGCUACGAAUUUCUGAGCGAAGAUGCCGACGACGAGAAACUACUGUCUCGUGAUAAUUGCAUUCCGGAGCCCACUGCACGAGACCAAGCCGUUAGCUGGCCAUGCGUUCUUGCUGGAAUCUUCAUCGGUAUCCUCUUUAGCCUGCUUGCUUUCGGCACCGUUGCAUUUGCUCAGCCCAGGAACAAGUGCACACAAAAGAUGAGUGCCUGGUCUCCGGCGCUCGAGAUCUUCAACGACGACGACUUGGAGAUCCGGCGCUUCGAUGGGACGCUGAGGGGCCCCCACGAGUUCAGCGCGCUGCCGAGUGACGAGAUCGACGAGAAGUGGGAGAAGAUCACUUUUGCCCAGGGAGGCCUGAUGCGAUUAUCCAGGGAUGAUGUGCGCAGAAUCAACGCUUCCGAGUAUGCUGCCGAAUAUACCGAGGAGAUGGGCGGCGGGUACAUGGGUGCCUUUGAAAUGUUCCAUGGACUCCACUGCCUGAACAUGUUGCGUCAAGCAUCGUAUAUGGAUCACUAUCUGCCAAAGAAUAAGGAGUGGAGGGACGAUCCCGUGACGCUGAGAUUUCAUCUGGACCACUGCCUAGAUAUGCUGCGACAAAAGCUUAUGUGCGAGCCUGAUCUCGGUAUAGUGACCUAUGCUUGGAAGAAGGGCUUCAAACAAGUAUUCCCCGACUUCAACGUAAUUCACAAGUGCCGACCGUACUCAAAAGUACUCGACUGGGCUGAGAAGCACAAUGUCCAUAGUCUUAAUGUCUCGGACCUUGUACGUGCCCCAGGAGCUCUUGAGCAAGAAGGAAGCCAUUGA